UGGGUUGGCUGUGUUCUGGGGCACUGCUGGAGACAGGGUGCUGUCCCCUCCCCAGGCCAUGGCCCUCUGGCGACGCUCGCUCAUGCGUGCAGGAACCACUGGGGUUGAGACCAGACACCAGCCCGGGGCGAGAGCACACACGCUCACCCUCCUUCUGAGCAGGGGGAUGCCGCAGCACCCUCCCCUUGCUGCCAUCCUCCCCUGGCUCCCCGCCCCGUACCUCCAGAGCCAAGCUGUGCUCAUGGCGUGACACAGCCUGUGCCCAAGGGGUCCCUGCAGCCCCUGACCCUGGGGAAUGGCACUGCUCCCAGGCCUCCAGCCCUCCAGUAGGGAUGCCCAGCUCCCUUGGCUGCAGGCCCCGUCUCACCCUCUGCCCUCAGGUGCACAGCCUGCAGGAGCUGCGGCGCAGCGCGUCCCUGGCCACCAAGGUCUUUGUGCAGCGGGAUUACAGUGACGGGACCACAUGCCAGUUCCAGACAAAGUUUCCCCCUGAGCUGGAGAGCCGGAUUGAGCGGCAACUUUUUGAGGAAACUGUGAAAACCCUAAAUGACUUCUAUGCUGAGGCGGAGAAGAUUGGGGGCAGCUCAUACCUCGAGGGGUGCCUGGCCUGUGCCACUGCCUAUUUCAUCUUUCUCUGCAUGGAGACUCAUUAUGAGAAGGUCCUGAAGAAGAUCUCCAAGUACAUCCAGGACCAGAAUGAGAAGAUCUAUGCUCCACGGGGGCUGCUGCUCACUGACCCCCUGGAGCGUGGCAUGAGGGUGAUCGAGAUCUCCAUCUACGAGGACCGGUGCAGCAGCGGCAGCUCCAGCAGCGGCAGCUCCAGCAGCAGCAGCGGUGGCGGUGGUGGCGGGGCAGGGGGCCGGUGACUGGCAGGGAGUCCCUGCAGGGACUCGUACUGCCGGGACAGUGGCCUCUCUGAGCUCCGCAGGCUGCACUACCAGAGCACCCGCUUCUGAGGCCAGGGGGAGCAGCAGGGGGAGGCCGGUGCUACC